AUGUCAUUAAGACCAGAGGCGUUACUUUUGAGCGGGGUGAACAACCUCAGCACCCGCGACAUCCAAGCUUACGUCAGAUCGCACUUGAGCGAAGCAGACUUGGAUAUGACAUUCAAGAUCGAAUGGGUGGAUGAUGCCUCCAUUGUGUUGGCUUUCAAGUCCGAAGAGACCGCGUUGACCGCGUUGUACAAACUUUCGGAGACCGAUCUGCAGGUUGAGAUGGAAGCCGAAACGUUGGUGGGCAAGAAGUGCAAGCCGUUUGUUAAGAACCUGUUCGCGGCGAUGCCAGCCCAAGACGAGGAUGCUAUGGCGACCGAUGAGUCACCGGGUGUUUUGACUGUAAGAAGAGCGAUGGAUUCAGACAAAAAGGUGAAAAACGCUAAAGAAUACUCCCGUUAUUACUUGUUGAAUGGUGAGCCCAACUACAGAGAGAGACAGGGUGGGCACCGGAACAAACGCAGCGACAGACACUCGCAUAGGGAAACAGAGAAGACUGACCCUUCAGAAGACUUGUUCCCUGUCAAGCUUGGUGUAGACCCUGCUGUGAUUGCCGAAAAGGCGGAGUCCAAGAACGAUCUUUUUGGCUCGCUCGAAAACCGCCUUCCGCCAAAGAGAUACACCGAGAGACCCUCCCGGGCGACUGCUGCCGAUGAAGAUGAUUUGUUCCCGUUGAAAAAGUCUGCCGUCAGAGAGAGAUCUAGAUCACGCAACAGCCAGACCGAUAAAGAGGUUAGAAGAAGAUCCCGGUCGCCCGCAGGAAGAAGUCUCGCGUCUGCGAUGGGCCUUUAG